GCAUCUCUUUUAUUAUGAAGAACGGCAUCCUAAAACGUCACUUCCGCUUUUAUGUAAACAGACAAGAUGGCAGCAUACCGUGCGGUGCGGGCUGUCCUCUGCCGGACUCAGAGCGGGUUCUUUGGUCCUGCGGGGCUCAGGCGGCGCUGCAUUGCUGUUCAGAACUUCUCUGUGAUGUCACAGCCUGAGGCAGGAGCCCGCUCCACAUGCUUGAUAGCACGGAGCACAUAUGGACGCUUCAGGAGAAAUGUGCAGACACAAGCAGGAGUUCUGUGGGCAGCGCUGGCUUUCUCCCUGUUCAGCAGCUCAGAUGAAGACAAACGGGAUGAAGCUCAGAGGAAGGAGGAUGACAUAGUUCUGCUGUUAAAGAAAGCAAAGCUCAGCAUGCACCGUGGCCAGCUGCAGGCCGCCUCCUCCUUUCUCCACCAGGCUAUCGCUCUGGCUCAUCAGACCCACAACACACAGGCCAUCAUCUACACAUACAGCCUGAUGGCCAAUCUUGCCUACGUCCAGGGUCAGUUGGAGAAUGCAGAGAAACUCUUCAAAGCUGCCAUGAGCUUCAUGCUGUCAGGGGGAACUCCAGAGGAUGACAACGCCAUCGUCGAGAUGUCUCUGAAACUGGCCACCAUCUAUGCUGAGAUGAACAAGGCGGAGCUUGCCGAUCACGGUUUCAGGUUCUGCACAGAAUCUUUGGAGGCCAAACUGGAGAAACACAAGGAGCUUCCAGCAGAAGAGAAGACAGAGGAGGAGGAAGCUCUGAGGAAGGAGACCCGCCUGCUGCUCGGUCUGUGUUUGGACUCGCGCGCUCGGUACCGAGCAUCACAUCAUCGCCUGAACCAGGCAAGAGAAGACUACCAGAACGCUCUGAACAUCUGCCGCCAGGAGCAGGGGGAGACGCAUCCACAGACUCUGGUUCUGAUGAGCGACCUGGCCACCAUCUUAGACCUUCAGGGCCGCCACGAUGAGGCGCUUGUUCUGAUCCAGCAGGCGGUGGAUCAGAGCCGUGCUGCAGGCCACCCGGAGCAACACGUGCUGCUGGGAAACAUGGCGGGCAUCUUGCUGCACACAGGCCGGCUAGAGGAUUCUGUCCGGCUCUACCUGGAGGCUCUGAGUCUGGCUCGGCAGGCUGGAGACCAGGAGGCGGUGGACAGCAUUCAGGAGGGACUGCAGGAGGUGAAGAAGAAGAGGAGCCAGAGCAAGGAGGAGGCUGCUGGGUGACUCUUUUGGAGCCUCUCGAUGUGGAUCGGUCCAAUUCUGUCAGAACCACUCGUCUUCCUCUUCUUCUGCGUGUCCUUGUGUGACCCUAAGGACAGGCUCUGCAUGCAGACCUGGUCAGAGCGGUCCAGAAAUGUGACGUGUGCCACACUGGACCGAUCCUGCCAUCUGAGCGGGUUGUUAAACAGAACCACAGCAGAACCUGAAGGUCAACGUGUUGAUGCAUGGCUUUGUUGUGUAUGUGUUUGUGUUAAUCUGCUGUUGAUGGAGUUGUGAGUGUUUACCGUCAUCACUCUGCUGUUCUUCUGAGAUGUUCUGUAAACACAACAGGAAGUUCACCUGUGUCACGCCCUGUGGGAACCUGCACACACACACACACACACACACCUACACACAAAUGGGACAGAUGACACAGACAGAGUGAAACUUGUACUUAUGGACACAUGAAUCUUUAAAACAUUCUACAUCUGUUUCUAUUAUCAAAUCAAUUUAACAAGUUUGAAAAGCACUUUGAUCAGAUCUUUCAGUUUGGAUAUUAAUCAAAAGCUGCCGUUCGUAUUGAUGUUUGUUUGCAUUUCUAAAGGGGUGAGUGUCGAGUUAUCAAAACCAUAACUGAACGUCAGUACACCACAAUUAUUUAAACCUUAAGA